CUACAUGCAGCCCACGUUGAAGGGCUGGCACUGUGUAACUAUGGCAAUUAGCAAGCAGCCCCAGCGCCCUCCCCUCCCCUCCUCCUAAAUGACUGUCCCACUAAGGACCAAGUGCAGAAACCCAUAGCCUGACCCAGAGCUGUCGCAUCACUGGCUUUUUGCCGGGGUUUAAGGUGAUUCUGAUGUCAUUUUCUGAUUGACUUUAAAAGCAGCGCCAUGGGUUCGGGAGCGGAAGAACGAUCGGGGUUGACCAGGAGAAGGUCCGAGCUCUACACACCCAGCUCCAGCCCUUGGUCUAGACAUGGGCGCCUGGUUUACCCACCUGAUACUGCAGCUCGCCGCAAUCCUCGGGUUUUCACUGGUCACGCCAACUCCUCUGGUCAGGACGGACCCAGGAGCGCAACUGGAGCGGGACUGGGGUCAGCAGGUCCGAUUCAAGCAUCUGUACAUGGAAGGCAAUAGCAGGCACUUGCAGAUCAACCCUGAUGGACACAUCGACAGCUCGCACGCCCAGAACUUUUACACUCUACUGGAGAUCAAAGCAGUGGAGCGGGGCCAGGUGGUGAUCCGAGGCGUGAAUACGGACCAGUACCUGUGCAUGGACACCGAGGGAAGCAUCUUCGGAUCGACAACCUACCGCGAAGAUGAUUGUAACUUCAACGAGGAGCAGUUGGAAACAUUUUACAACGUGUACCACUCGCCCAGGCACAAGAAGGUGCUAAGUCUAAGCCUGGAGAAGCGCCCAUACGUCCCCAACAGAGAACUUCCCCCCCUUUCCAUGUUUUUGCCGAGAGAAAACGAGUUGCCGACGGCAACGUACAGCAGGCGGAGCUCGGAGAGAGAGACGAACGACACCGACCCCUUUGGCAUGAGGUCCGGGCAGCAGGCGAGCCCGAAGUUGUCCAGAAGUAGCAGGGGCUAACGGGACUCUCCGGUCGCGUUGAGAGACCCAUCCCGCGGUGACAUUGACUCAAAGCACUGUUUCUUGUGUUCCGUUCUAUUUAUUUAUUGCUGUGCAAGGCGCACAGUUCAUGAAUUGGAAAGUAAGAGUAGGUAAAUGAAGAGUUGGUGGCAAGGUUAGGGCAGAAGAUGACAAAGCCAUGACAGUGGAUGGAAGCCAUUCCUAGUUAAUCCCUCCACAGGACCACAGACCACAUCGGAAUAUUCACUUUUAUAUUACUGGUUCCAAGAUUCUCACUUCCACUACUCUCCUUGGAAUUCUAUUGAUUAUAUUGUUCGAAUUUUCUAUGGAGAAAUU